GUUGGAUUGUAACUGGAGUGGAAGUCAACGUCUAAGAUAUUUUGAUACAGCUUAUCUGGUUAAGAUCAAUCAUUCAAAGGAAGGAUAAGUUUCGGCUUCUGCUUGCAGCAAUCCAACUCUUUUGUUGCAAUUUUUAUCAAGAGAUGGAUACGAAAAUUCUACUCUGCUAUGCGUUGAGAUUUUUGCUAUGUUGCACCUUCAUUGCUUGUAUUUCCACGGCGUCUCACACCAUCUCUCCAGGCCAUUCUCUCUCUGGGGAACAAACAAUCACCUCUCCAAGUGGAAAAUUUGAGCUCGGUUUCUUCACACCAGCAAUCACCCCUCCAAGCGGAAAAUUUGAGCUCGGUUUCUUCGCACCAGGUAUACCUCAAAACUAUUACGUAGGCAUUUGGUACAAAAAUCUACCCAAUCGGACUCUAGUUUGGGUCGCAAACAGAAAACAACCUGUUUGUGAACCGCAUUUUUCAGUAUUAAAACUUGUCGAAAAUGGAAACUUAACCUUAAGUGGCCCCUCCAAAGUUGCAGUAUGGUCGACUAAUUCAAGAUCAAGGGUCUUGAAUUCUAGUGUAGCAAAGCUUCUUGACAAUGGGAACUUCGUCAUAACAGAUGCAUUUAAUUCAUCUGUUGUCAAAUGGCAGAGUUUCGAUCACCCGACGGAUACUUGGCUCCCGGGUGCUAAGCUUGGAUACAAUAAUCGUACGAGGAGAAAACUAGUUCUUACAUCCUGGAGAAAUCCGAAAACUCCUGCACCUGGUCCUUUUUCUUCUGAGCUAGAUGAAAUACCUUUUAAUUUAUCUUCAUAUCCUGAUACCUUUACUAGAGGCAGACUUGAAAUCAAUGGUCAGCUAAAGUUCUAUGCCUGGGACCAAGGCUUUAGGGAAUGGACUUUGAUUUCGGCUGAACCAUCGGACCAGUGUGCGGUUGAUUCUUCGUGCGGUGCUUUUAGUAUUUGCAACCAGCGGAGUUCUCCUCGUUGUGGUUGCCUCGAAGGAUUUGAACCCAAAGUCAGGGAAAGUUGGAUGCUAGAGGACUUCUCAGAUGGCUGUGUGAGGAAAUUUCCUUUUCACUACAAUCCCGGGGACUCAUUUUUGGCGAUAACUGAUGUUGGAAUUGGAUAUCCUAGGAACUAUGAGCAAAUUAUAAAUGUGAGCAAUGAUCAAUGCAGAUUAGAAUGCUUAAUAAAUUGCUCAUGCAGUGCCUUUGUUUAUAAUUUUAUCGAUAGUCGUCGGUGUUUCAUUUGGAUAGGGGAUCUAUAUAAUAUACUGACAAUGCCAUCCGAAUCCAUUUCCAUAAGUUAUUCUCCAGACAGCCCAGGAUUGCAUCUCCGGAUUGUGGAUUCUACAAGUGAGACGAAGAGAAAGACUACUUGGAUUGUAAUUGGAGUAAUUGCAGGGUUCUUUUCCAUCUUAAGUAGUACUUUCAUUGUCAUGGUAUUCUUUAGAAGGAGAUGGUCAGCAGGAGCAUUGGCGACUACCGACGAUUCUUUGGUGCUUUACAAGCAUAGAGAUUUAAGAAGAGCAACAAACAACUUCUCCGAAAAACUCGGGGAAGGAGGCUUUGGUUCUGUAUUCAAGGGGACGUUGCCUAACUCAACGGCCAUAGCAGUGAAAGAGCUGAGAAGUAUGAACCAGGGAGAGAAACAAUUUCGUGCUGAAGUGGGAACUAUCGGUGUAAUCCAACACAUUAAUCUUAUUCGCAUGCGGGGAUUCUGCUCCAACGCUUCAAAGAGGUUUUUAGUUUAUGACUACAUGCCAAAUGGUUCUCUGCAAUCUCUUAUACUUGGAAAGAACCCGAGAAUGUUAGAUUGGAAUGCUAGAUAUCACAUUGCAGUAGGGACUGCCAGAGGAUUGUCUUACCUCCAUGAAGAGUGCAGAGACUGCAUAAUACACUGCGACGUUAAGCCAGAGAACAUCUUGUUGGAUUCAGAAUACAGUCCGAAAUUGGCGGAUUUUGGUCUUGCGAAACUCUUGGGGAGAGACCACAGCCGGGUUUUGACAACCAUGAGAGGAACUGUGGGCUAUCUCGCACCAGAAUGGUUUUCAGGUGAAGCCAUCACCCCAAAAGCCGAUGUGUUUAGCUAUGGCAUGUUGCUGAUUGAGGUCAUAUCAGGGAGGAGAAACAGAGAAGGAUUAGCUGACGGGGUAGAAAACUUCCGUCCUAUCCGGCUCGCGAAUGCAGUUAAUAAAGGGGAAGAUCUUUUCACCUUGUUGGAUUGCAGGUUGGAAGGCAAAGCUGACAGAGAUGACCUAAGUAGAGCGUGCAAAGUGGCUUGUUGGUGCAUUCAAGAAGAUGAGAAGGAUAGGCCAACAAUGAGGCAGGUUGUUCAAAUUCUUGAGGGAGUUUUGGACAUCGGUGUUCCGCCAGUCCCGCAGUUCCUCCAGCGCCUUAUCAGAAGUCCGGCAGAAGGCAUUAACUACAUGGAAACUACAUCCGAGUCAGGUUGAUGGUCAUCGAUGUCCAAAGUGCAUUUCAAGCCGAAGUCAGCAACUGUGCAACAAGAAUUCAUGAGGAUCAGAUGAAGAACGUGAGGGUUCUUGCAGUGUGAUUGUAAAUAUAACCUUAUCUUGAAGGCAGUAGGUUUUUGAAUAUUUCCAGUUCAAUAAAUAUUGGUUAUGUAAUGAUAUAUUAAAAAGAGAAAUGAUUUUCACACUCUCCA